AUGUCUGCACCUCUUCCUCAGGCCCAGCAGAGGGUGUUUGACAAGCUGGGCCGCGAGUUUGAUGCCCGCGAGUACAAGAAGGCGUUGAGAAGUGCCGACUCCAUUUUGGCGGUCGUUCCCGAUCAUGCUGAUACCAUUGCGAUGAAGGGUCUGACGCUGCAUAACCUGGAUCGUAAAGAAGAGGGACUGAACACCAUCAAGGAGGCUAUCGCGCUGAAUGCCAAGUCUACUAUUGCCUGGCACUCGCUUGGGAUGUGUCAUCGGUCCGAAAAGAACUACACAGAGGCCCUCACAGCAUUUAAGUGUGCACAUCAGAGCGAUCCAUCCAAUGUGAACGUCCUGCGUGACAUAUCGUCCAUCUGUGUUCAGCUGCGCGAUUGGGAACAUUUUGUGGAGACGCGGCAAAAGAUGGUGACGUUGAAGGCCAGUGUUCGCGCCAACUGGAUUGCUUUGUCUUGUGGACACCGUAUGUUGGGACACACAGAACUCGCGGCUGCCGUGAUGGACGUGAUGACGAACAUCAUGGACGCCGGGGACAACAACGUGGAGAAGAGCGAGGUGCACCUCUACCGCGUGGAGCUCGAACUUGCCCGCAAUGCCCCUGCACGGGCUCUUGAAUUGCUCAAAAAGCAUGACGCCGAGAUUGUUGACGAGGCGGAAAAGACCCUUUUGGGGGCCAAGGCAUACACGCUUCUUGGGCAAAAAGUAGAGGCUGAAAAACGCUACAUGGAGCUCAUUUCCAAAGGGAUAGCAGAGGCUGACUGCAUUGCAGCCAUUGCCCAUCUCCGGAAGAUUCCACUGGACACCUAUCGUUGCCCGAAACGAGAUGAGGAAAAAUACCUGGAGCUCCUUCUUCAAGUGCUUGAGGCCAAUCCCAAGUGCGACUACGCUAAGCGCCGUGCACUAGACUAUGUGCCAAUUGAUCAAUUUAAAGAACGCCUUCGCGACUAUGCGGCCCGAUUUAUUACUAAAAUGAUUCCAUCACUUUUCAGUGUACUAAAGUCACUCUAUCAGGAUACCGCACGAGCUACUGAAAUCGGUGAGGUGUUCCUGCGGUGGGAGGAAGAGGUCAAGGCGAAGGACUUCUCAAGCUUCGGGGGUGCUGGUAACCCGUGCUACAUCCUCUGGAUUUGGAUGUAUUUGGCAUCACAUUACUGUCGUCUGCGUGAGUUUGAUCGGGCUCUCGAUUACAUUAAUCUCGCCAUUGACCACACACCAACUGUUGAGUUGUUGUACUUGAUGAAGGCUAAGAUCCAAGAGCGUAGCCAGCGGUUGGAUGAAGCGGCAAUGAGCGCUGAGAAGGCACGCCAGCUUGAUUUGCAGGACAAGUACCUUAACGGAAAGGCGGCAAAGUAUUUCCUUCGCGCAAACCGCAUCGAAGAAGCGGAGGAGCGAAUGCAACUGUUCUACAAGACGAGCGCGGUGCCUGGUGACACUUAUCUUACGGCACUGGAAUCGCAGUGUGCCUGGUAUGAACGGGAGGUUGGUGACGCUUUUUACCGAAAGGGUGACUACAUGUCUGCGCUGGCAAAUUACCUUAUGUAUGAAGAACAUCACAUGCGCAAUCACAUUGAAUUAUUGGAUUUCCAUAACUAUGUGUUCCGGCGUUGUACCAUGCGGGCUUGGUUUGAUGUUUUGGCUCGGGAUGAUGACCUUGAGGGAAACAAAUUCUUUUUAAAACUAUGUCCACGUAUCGUUCGAACAUACAUGAAGGUGUGCGGAGAGGGUGAGGAGGCAGUGCGAGCGAAGCAUAAACCUCGACCGGAACUUGAGCAAUGCGACGAUGCUGAUGAAAACACCCGCUUAAUGCAGUUGCGUAAGGAAUUCUAUCUCGACAAUGUGGACAUAUCUAAUCCACUCAAAAAAGCGGAACGCUACCUACCCCCAUACCUUGUUCACAAUGCGGCCUCAACGGAAGCACACCUAUUGGCCCUUGAGUUUUACUCAGUGACACAAAAACCACUUUUGGUGGCUCGUGAACUCAUGGUUUUGGCAAAGCUUAAGGAGCCAAGAACGGGCGAACAUAUCGCGGCGUUUGAACGGACGUAUCUUUCGGAGACGGCGCCGCAGAUGGACCCCCGGAUGAAGGCCGUAGUGGAAGAAGCUCUGGCCACAGCGCGCGCGAGGCUGAAGGAGCACUGA